AUGACUAUCUACACUACAUCUUUCGCGGCCCUGGCCCUCCUGCUGGGCACCGCGCACGGGCACAUGGUAAUGACCACCCCCACCCCCUUUAACCUCCACGGCACAGCCAAGCUCCUCCAGGUCGACCCGCUCGGGAAGUUCCCUUUCCCGUGCCAGGGCCUCUUUGACACGGUGGAGACCACUUCCAUCACUGCCGGCAACCUCCAAACGGUCAAAAUCAACGGUGGCGCCCAGCACGGCGGCGGGUCGUGCCAAUUCAGUCUGACGUACGAGAACCCCCCUCCGGCGGACAAGUCCAAGUGGAAGACCAUCUACACCAUCAUCGGCGGGUGCCCCGUCUCGGCGGCCGGUAACCUGCCCGUGACCGGCACCGACGCCGACGGGCGGGCGCAGUCCCUCCAGUGCGGCAACGACAGCGGUGUCGAGUGCAUCCGCCAGUUCGACAUCCCCUUCCCCAAGGAGCUGCCCAACGGCAACGCCACCUUCGCGUGGACCUGGUACAACAAGAUCGGCAACCGCGAGGUGUACAUGAACUGCGCCCCCGUGAGCAUCACCGGCGGCGCCGACAACCAGCAGUUCUUCGACGAGCUGCCCCCCAUCUUCCUCGCCAACGUGCCAGGAGAGUGCACCACGGGUCAGGGCGUGUUCAACAUCCCCAACCCCGGUAGGUUUGGGAGGGUGCUGGAGCAGCCCCUGCCCGGUAACGAAGGGUCGUGUCCCAAGGUGGCCGACGUGCCAACCUUUGAGGGCAGCAGCGGCGGUGGCAGUGGCAGUGGCAGUGGUAGCGGUAGCGGCAGCGGAGAGAGCUCGUCCAUCAUCGCGUCGCCCGUCCCCAGCGCCUCGGCCCCCCCUGUCGCUUCUCCUCCUCGUGCUUCCUCUGGUUUCAUCACGCAGACGGUUCCCGCCGGCGCGUCUUCUACUUCGGUCGUAACCCCCCCUGUGCCGAGCGCCACGAACGGUGGUGGCUCCGGUUCUGUGCCGCCUGGUGGCCAACCCUGCUCCCCGAACGGUGCCAUCAUCUGCUUCAGCCCAACCUCUUUUGGGCUGUGCGCCAACGGCUUGGCCAUCCCCCAGCAGGUAGCCGCCGGGACUACGUGUAAUGCCGGCGUUAUCAGCCGUCGGAGCGCCAAGUGGGUGCCAAGAUUGAAAAGGAACAACACUCUUUGA